AUGUUUGCGCUUCGUUUCUUAGUUGCGUCGACCCUUUUGCUGGUUGCCACAAUUUCCUCUAGAAUUGUGUUAGCCCAAUACACUGUAUUCGGCGGGUUAGGUGGAUUAGGUGGUUAUCCGUACGGUUACGGUGGUACAUAUGGAGGUGCAUAUGGUGGCGGCGGUUACGGUGGUCUGUAUGGAAAUAGUUUUGGUGGUGGUGGCUAUGGUGGUGUGCCCAGCUACAGCUACUAUCCACAAUACCCCAGUUAUGGCAGCUCAUAUCCGUGCUACAGUGGUGGCUAUUCUUGUGGUGGUGGUUAUCCUUAUUAUGGAGGUUAUCCUUAUUACGGCAACGGUUUAAAUACAGCCUACGCCAGCAGCAGUGGAGGUACGGCGACUGCACAAGCAUCUGGUGGCAGUUAUUUUGGUGGAUAG